AUGGCAUCCUUCUCUAUUUCAUCUGUCCACCGCUCCUGUAGCUGCUUCGCGAAUCUGUAUGGCUCUGCGCAAGUAGGAAUCGAGCAGCACCAAAGAUCAUCGAUCGAUUGGGAGGGCCCGGUUAGCCAUCGCUUACCUCAUCCUGUGACCAAGGGAGUUUCAGGUCAGUGCUCUGUUAUCAGGACGGCGGUUUCGGGGGCCAAAGCGGGCAUUGACUUUCUAUAUGUUCAGUUGUCGUUCGUUAAUAAUGCUGCUCGUCCGAUUGUUGCCCGCAUCAUGGGUUGUUCUGCACCUGAGGCUGUAGCCUCGGGCUUGCCUUCUCUCCUACCUAGUCACUCCGCCCGCUUGAGCCUUGACGAGUCCUUGUCGGUUUAG